CGGACGGCUUUCCGAAGCGCCGGAACUGCAGGGUCUGGUCGUGGGCACGGCGGAGCGGUCCGUCGCGGGACCGGUCCCCCUGCGUCGCGCUGCGCUCGGGCACACGGCGCCAUGAGGCUGGCCUCGCGCGCCCUGUGCGGCGCCGCCGGGGCCGCCUGGCGAGACAGCUUCCCCCUGGGCGGUCGCGACGUGGCGCGCUGGUUCCCGGGACACAUGGCCAAGGGGCUGAGGAAGAUGCAGAGCAGCCUGAAGUUGGUGGACUGUAUCAUCGAGGUCCAUGACGCCCGGAUUCCGCUUUCAGGCCGCAAUCCUCUGUUUCAGGAAACUCUUGGGCUCAAGCCUCACGUGCUGGUCCUCAACAAAAUGGACUUGGCAGAUCUGAAAGAGCAGCAGAAAAUUAUACAACACUUAGAAGGAAAAGGCCUAAAAAAUGUUGUUUUUACCAACUGCGUAAGGGAUGAGAAUAUCAAGCAGGUCAUCCCGAUGGUCAGAGGGCUGGUUGAGAGCAGCUACCGUUAUCAUCGAGGAGAGAGCCUGGAGUACUGUGCCAUGGUGAUCGGGAUCCCCAACGUGGGCAAGUCCUCACUCAUCAACGCGCUGAGGAGACAGCACCUGAGGAGAGGAAAAGCUACGAGGGUGGGCGGCGAGCCUGGGAUCACCAGAGCUGUGAUGUCUAGAAUUCAGGUGUGUGAGCGGCCACUGAUGUUCCUGCUGGACACUCCUGGGGUGCUGGCCCCUCGGAUUGCAAGUGUGGAGAUGGGCCUGAAGCUGGCUCUGUGUGGAACCGUGCUGGACCACCUGGUGGGGGAGGAGACCCUGGCCGACUACCUUCUCUACACUCUCAACAGGCACCAGCUCUUUGGGUGAGUGCAGGGUGGGGGCAGGCGGGCUGUCCUCUCUCUCCUCCUGGACAAACGUCUUUAAGGAAAAUAGCAUUAACGUAUUAUUAGACAAAUUCUGCACAUUAUGUGCAGUGUGCAGUUUGACACGUUUGACUCCUAUGCAGUCAAGAAAGCCCCCCAAUUUCUUGUGUUCUUUGGGGAUUGCUCCUCCCUACCCUUUCCUUCUCCCAUUUUACAGACGGUCCCCCAGCCCCAUGUGCCACACCCUGGCGGCCAUCUGCCUUCUGUCCCUUCCUCGAACAUCCUAGGGAUGG